AUUUUUCUAAACUAGCAACAUUGCUGUAUUGUGUCUGUGGUUGGCGGCUGUGGUUCUCGAUUUCUCAAUUCUUCUAUUGAAAUUCAUAAAUUUCCAAUAUAAUUCUAUACCGUUGCGUAUAAAUAUACAUUUAAACGAGCAAAAUGCCGGCCGCGCGAGGUGUAAAACGCACAGCAUCCAAAGCUUCGGCAUCCACAGAAGCCUCUUCAGUGCCGAAGAACAAGAAGAAACGUGGAGUCUUCCAGCUUGAGAUCCCAUCGAUCCCGACUAAGACAGGGCGUGUCUACACAUGCGGGAUGGGAGAUGUCGGCCAGCUCGGGCUUGGGGAAGACAUUAUGGAGACUACUAAAUUCAAGUACGUGUCGUCGAUGGGAGACAACAUGGUGGCGGUGUGUGCAGGGGGCAUGCACACUGUGGCGCUUGACAAGGACGGCGUGGUAUGGACAUUCGGCUGCAACGACGAAGGUGCCCUCGGCCGGCCCACCUCCGGAGACAGCGAGGAAGGCACCCCGGGCACAGUCACCCUCCCCGGCAAGGCUGUCAUGAUCAGCGCUGGGGACUCGCACACCGCUGCGCUGCUAGAGAAUGGAGAUGUGUACGCUUGGGGCUCUUUCCGGGACUCCCACGGCAGCAUGGGCCUGCUGAUGUCGGGUCGCUCGGCCGCUCCAUCUAAAACUCCCAUUCGCCUGUCUGUACCGGAGACCGCCGCGCGCGUCGCGUCAGGUUCUGACCACCUCGCUGUGCUCACCACGUCCGGAGCAGUCUACACAGUGGGAUGCGGAGAGCAGGGCCAACUGGGCCGCCUGUCGCAGCGGUCCGCCUCCAGAGACGCCAGGCAGGGCUUCAGCGCCCUCCUAGUCCCAGGCAAGGUGACUCUCAAGAGCCCUAUAUCGGCGAUCUGGGCGGGAUACCACGCCACCUUCGCACUGGACAGCUCACACACCAUGCUGGCCUGGGGACUCAAUAAUUACUCGCAACUCGGUAUAACCGGCACAAAGAACAAGACAGCCCUCUACAUGCCUUCCACCACCAGCUUCCCUUCAGGCGCAUGGCGUCACGUGGCGUGCGGGCAGCACCACAGCAUCGCGAGCGACGAGCGCGGCGCCGCGCACGCUCUGGGCAGACAGGAGUAUGGCAGGCUAGGCCUAGAGCGCGAGGGUGACGCUGAAACACUAGAGCUGAUCCCGGCUCUCAAGAACCACACGUGUGUCAGUGUGGCGUGCGGGACUAGCAACUCCUUCGCUGUCACUGAUAAUGGAGAGAUCUACGCAUGGGGCAUGGGCAGCGAGGGGCAACUGGGCAUCGGCGGCAGCAGCGACGCGGCGCGCCCCUCCCCCGCCCCGCUCCCCGCGCCGCUGCGAGCUCGCGCCGUCAGCGCCGGAGGACAACAUACUUGUCUGCUAGUGGAAGACCCAGAAAAGGUGAAUGUGACCCCGCCGCCGGCAGAGAAAGAACCGGCCGAACAAAAAGAGGAACCCGUAAAGGUGGAAGAAGACAGCCGCAAGAAGCGGCAGAACAAGCGGCAAAAGAAGGACGAGGAGGAGGUGAGCUCCACGUCCGACCAGCCGCAGAAAGUAAACGGAAAGGACAAGGACUCAGCUAUGGAAGUGGACGACACCGAUAACACUCAAACGGAAAAACCAGAGACAAAAGCAGACGAGGCGACCGCGCCCAGCACAGACAAGCAAGAGACAGACACCGCCAUGGAAACCCCAGAGGAACCGAAAGAAACGGAACCUAAACCAGAGGACUCCAAACCCGAGACCGCAGACGUCGAAAUGGCGGAAACGAAAGACGUAAAAGACGUCAAAGAAACGGAACCCGUCAAUGGAGCACCCGACUCGGAUGUGUCAGAAAAGGUCACGACGGAAAAAGCGUCAGAAAAUGUCGCAUCAGAAAAGGUUCCGUCAGAAAAAGUGACAGAAAGUUCGACACCGAGUGAAGAGGCGGUCAAAACGGCGUGAUUGGUGUAUGUGUAAGUCUGAUUAAGUUUUUGAUGUAAGUUCAAAGUUUGUGUGUGUUUAAAUAACCUAACCUGAUAACCAGCAGUGGUGAGUUAUUCAUGAAGAGGAAGUAUGAAAACUAGUUAUUUAAACACACAUCAGAUCGUAACAUAGGCCGUUUGGGUGAAUUGACUUAAAAUGAGACGUAUGUAAAUAGAAUGUGGUGGCAUUUCGGAUAUUUUUCCUUUGACUGUUUUGUGGUUUAACAAAAAAAAUAUAUAACGCUCCUAUUUUUGGGAUCCUCAAAAAAAUAAUAGUAUGCAGUUAAAUAUGCUAUAAAUAUUAUUUCAAAAUAUGUCUUAAGUACAUCUACAUAAAGUGAAAAGAGUGACAUUAGUAUUAAAUUACAAAAAAGUUUGAGAUAGUAGAUAAAUGUAAAGUCGUUGUAAAAUGUGUCUUAUGAUAGAGAAGGUUAGAGAUAUUUGUAUUUUGUGAAUGGUAGAGUAAGAAUAAUUUACUGCAUCCGUCAUCGCAGGGCCUGAUCAGGGAAAAUUUCAUUGAAUUCAUUAAAGACAGAAAACAGACCUGUUCUGAUAGGUGAUUGUGUCUUCAAGAAUAAGCAAGCGUAGCGUGGGACGACCUCAUGCUCGCUGGAUCAACGACUUUAGCCAAGUAGCCGGUAGUGGCUGGAUGAGGAAGGCCGAGGACAGAGCUAUGGCGUAACUUGAGAAAGGCCUAUGUCCAGCAGUGGACAAAUACGGGCUGAUAUGUUUAAAAAAAAACUUAGUUUAUGAUACCAAAAUUCACGUAACUAUCAAAUAUUUUUGACCCAAAUAUGAAAUGAAAAAAUGAAUUGUUACGCUCACCAUUCAAUUUAAAUAUAUCUAUAAAAGUAUAAAAUUUUGCUUACAAUUUGUAAUUUUUUCCGGGGUUCCGUUUCUACUUUCCACUGAAAAGUUAAAUAUUAAUGUACAAAUUACUGAAUUAGAUUUCGCAACUUCAAUCAUAGCGUUAAUAUUAGUAGAAUUUAGAUACACCAAUAAUAGCUAAAGGAUACUUUUGUACAUAAAGUUUUUGGUAAAAAAACUAAUCUUGCCUGCACUUUUAAUCCCGUAGUACAUUCUGAGCUAGAGAAACCCGGCCUACCUCUCAGAAACAAUGCUACUGAUGGCGGUUAGGUAUCUCUGACCCAGACUGUACAUAAGCUCUGUUAUAUACUUUUAAGACUAUUUUAAAGAUGGCCUUCGAAAAGCAUAAAUAUACACGGACCCCUUAAAUAUUGGACAAAACGGCCGAUUUAUUUUUAGGAUUGAGGUUGUUAGAUGAUAAUUAAUUAUAAUAAUAAAUAUUAAUAAUAAUUAGUUAAGUUUAGCAUCACUUUGUAAAAAGAGAGAGGGUACAAAAUUUUAUGAAUACAGAGUGUUAAGAAGUUUUUGCCAAAUAAGCUACCUUUAAUAUAAAACUAGUUUAAAUUGGAAUAGGCUUUGCGUGCAUUGCAUUUUAAGUUUAUUUAAGGUAGAGAGUUGUCUUCUGAUAAAAUUAUACAUAACAUAAUAUCGAUGGUAGAAAGGUAAAAGGACUGAAGAGACACUUGAGAUAAUAAGUUACAAUGGAUAAGCAUAGAUUUGUUUAGAUUUCCUGAACAUUUUGGUGUUUGUCGCUUAAGCUAUUUUACCUUUAAAUCGUCCACCUAAUUUUAUUGGCAAUGACUUCUUAGCAUCAUCGGCCUUUUUGGGAGCAGUUAUAAUUCAUAUCAUAAUAAGAAAAUGAUAAAUAUAACUUCCUAUAUAUAGCAGAAGUGUUUUAUUGUUAGAGAUUUUUUCUCUUCAUAUUUUUGUUUGUAUGUAAAAAGUACAAUAGUACUGUUUUAUAUUCUGUGUUCGGUUAUGUACGCCUUAGUAAUUGUUAUAAUGAAUAUAGUAUAAUGAAUUGUGUUUUCCUAAUAAAAAAUGUAGUGUUGUA